UACAGUCCUAUGUAGGCCAGAGAUUGGAUCACUCUCGGAUCAGCUUACUUCCUAGCGGCGGAAUAUACCCUAAUUGCGAUGAUCGGUGUUCACGGGUGAGAAGAACAGUGACGCACCAAUCUCGAUCCGGCGUCCCGAUUGCGCCUUCGUACAAUUCUCCUUUUGGCAAAUCCCUGAGGGCUGAAACCGGCGACAUGAUCGAGGAAGACCUGGAGGCCUCGACCUCUUUCUCCUCCACGUUCGGCGGCGGCAAUGAAGGUGGCGGAGGCUUUGCGCCGCUACUACUGCGGCCGCGGCGGGAGCCCUUUGAGCACGGGCUCCUCCCUAUUCCGAAGUUGAUAUUCGCUGACGGAACCCUAACCCUAGGUCCAAUCCAGCAGCGCCUUCUUCAGCUUCCAACUGACCGGGUCGACGCGGCGGCGCUUGCGGAUGCCCUGCAGAUUCCUAUCGACCAUGCGCUACUCGCCCUUGAUACCCUUGCGGCCGUUCUGCCAUCGGAUGCUAACUCAGCCGGGGCCGACGUCCAUGACCUAAUCCUCUUUCUGUAUAUGCAAUCUUACAAGAAGUUGGUCCCUAGGGCGCACAAGGACUCCGCGGCCGUUGCUGAUGUUUGGCCGUCGACCUCGGCCUUCGAUGGGUACCUGUCUGCUCUAUCUCCGCUACAGCUUGUACGUAGUAACACUCGCCGAUCUAUGCCUUCACAAGCUGACGAGGAAGCUCAUCAAUUGUCAUAUUUACAAAAACAUAUGGCAAAUCUGAUUGCUCUUCUAGCUGAGUCUGCAGAAGGACAUGAUGAUGAAUCACUGGUUCUCACAAUGGAAAGAUUUGAGCACCUUGGUUUUCUCAUUCAAUUUGAGAAGGGAUGUGAUGUGGUUCCUUUAAGGCAAGCAGCCCCGUUUUUCUCAAAUUCAGAUUCAGAGAUGCCUGCUGCUCCUGUCUCAGCUGCCCAAGUUCAUGACUGGAUUUCACAAAUCAUAACAACUUCAUUAGAGCAUAAUGCUGAGAAGAUCAUGGCUAAGGAAAAUGGUCCUUCCAAUGCCUCGGAUGUUGAUGUAACUAUGGUUGAUGCAACUCCAUGCCAUUCAAGGAACCAGACUAGUAUCUCAAAAAAUGGGAGUCCAAUGCAAGGCAGUCCUGGGAAUUUUAGAACUCAGACAUUUGUGGAAGGCAUCUCUAAAGCUUCAUUAGUCAAGCAACCAUGUGACAUUAAAGGACAUUCUGUUAAGAUUUUGAAUUGCCAUGAUUCAGUGAUAUAUUUACUAGCACCCGUGAAAUAUGCUAUUGUUAAUGGCUGUUCUGAUGCAACUAUUGUUCUUGGUGCUAUUGGUAAGGACGUAAGAGUGGAGCACUGUGAAAGGGUACAACUGAUUGCUGCUGCUAAACGCAUUUGUAUUGCAAACUGCCGGGAAUGUAUAUUUUAUUUGGGAGUUAAUCAACGGCCUCUUUUUCUUGGAGAUAAUCAUAAACUACAAGUGGCUCCAUUCAAUACCUAUUACCCACAGAUUGAAGAGCACUUGGCUUAUGCUGGUGUUGAUGCAACCAUUAAUAAGUGGGAUGAACCGGUGGUGCUGGGAUUGGUUGAUCCUCAUGACUCACUAUCUCAUCCUGCUGGAGUGUCUGAUGUUCAAGCUGAAUCUGCAGCAUACCUUGAUCCCGAGCAAUUUUCAAAUUUUUGGAUUCCCAGCUGGUUUGGAGAUUCAUCCUCACAUUUAACAAGAUAUAAUCCUUUUCCAUUACCUGAAAUAUAUGUGGCAUCUCAGAGGAAUAAGCUUUUACUUCUGGCUGAAAUCCAAAAAGCUAUAAGGGAUUUGCAAAUAGAUGAUGACAAGAGACGGGAACUAGCAUGUGCUCUUCAUGUGCAUUUCAAGGAUUGGUUAUAUGCUUCAGGCAAUAUACGCCAACUCUACUGCUUACAGGGAGAUUGAAGCUGAUCAAGUGUUUCCAAGACGAUCCGAUUCUCUCUUUGGUUAGAGCUGUCUAUCCCCAUUCAUCAGUGUCAUUUGCUGGCAACAACUUUAUUUUGCACUAAAUCUGAGUUCUCAAUUUUGGGUGUUGUCAGUGGACAAGCCGUGUGAAUAUGCUAUAUUUGUCCCCUGUAGUUAACUGUAUUAUUAAUCUUGUUCUAGGCAUUGCAGAUAUUUUCCUCUUUUGUAUUUUUCUUCUUGGGGGUGUAAUCUAGGUGGUCUUUGUUCGAUGGGAUAGAUUUGUUUGGAGCAGGGAAAUAAAAGAAAGUUACGUGAUCCUUUGAAGUGGGCUGCCAUACAUACCCUAGUUGAGUUUAUGCUUUUAAAAGCCUGUUCGUUAGUUUUCAGGUUAAGGAUAGUUUGUUGAAUUGCUUGAAAUGUAUGGUAAUAUCUUUCGUAAUGCAAAAACAGCUUGUAUAGAGUAUUAUUUGAGGUGUCAUGCCUGCUUGUAAUGACAGUAAAUCAUUGUAUUUCAACUUCAUCUUUCUGCUUCAGACCAGAAAUAGCGAGUUUUUUGCAUAA